ACCAUCACUUGACUUGGAAUUACUAGCCGAGAAUUCCAUCUGGAUUUCCACAAUCCCAUCCCACCUCUCAAUACAAAUCCCCAGCUGUUUCUUCAGGGCUCCUUCCCCUCGUGCUUCGUUCCUUCCCCAAACUGAACAGAACGUCCAGGCAAUUGCGAUGACCGUCGCUCCUUCCUCACGCGGCAAGCUGCCAUAGUGCCACGUCCGCAGCUGCUGCGCCAGAUGGGCAGCUGCCUGAAUGUCUUCUACCAUUCUGCCUAAUGGCUCCCUCGCCACUGAUACCAGCCAUGAAAAGUCGUUGUUGACUCUUCCCACCUUCACAUCGGUCCAUGCCGACUCCAGGACGUCGCUGUCAACAUCAAACUCGGACAUUUCUGCUCCCAAGACUCGCCCCGGCAACCGUCACCGUCAUGUCGAGUCUGAGAACUUGCUCAUGGGCACAACCACUGGCAGUGGCUCAGAGAGCAAGGAGAAGAACAAGAGCAAGGAUAAAGAGAAGGAAAAGGACAAACGCAGAGAUCGGGACGGAGACAGCCAUAGAGGUGGCGACCUCUAUUCACCAAAAGUCCGUCGCUCUGGGGGUUUUCUUCUUGACUCCUUCUCCAGAUCACGCCGACUAUCACCCAACUCUUUGGCCUCCUCAUCCUCGCAGACCAAAGCCAACAGACGAAGCGAAUCGCAGGAAUUGGUCGUCCCCAAGAAGCCACACGAUCAUCAUGGAAUCCCAAUCACUACGUUCAGAAGCUCUCCCCUCGCUUCGCACAUUGAGCAGAACCACGGCCAUCACGAUCCGGCCACCGUCACUCCACCUCAGUCAUCUACAGCGUCCGACCUUCGCCGUUCCAUGUCCUCCUCGUACAAAGUCGGUCGUCAGGGAGCAAGUUCGGCUUCGAGUUCGCGCAAGAAUGAGCCUCGCCCUUCGUCAACCCACAACGUCGGCCGUCACGAUGACCCCGCUCAGAUCGUCAAUAUGGCUUUGACCCUGAGCGAGGGCCGUCGACGUCUUGCAUCAGGACGCAGGUAUGCUUCUAACGACCCUGCCGAACAUCGCGUCAUUUCGACUGGUACUACAAACCAUGAUGCUAGAGCCACUCUCAGAACAUCCUCUCUUGCGCCCUUCUUGGCUGCCAAUCGACAGUCUUCGCGAAAUAGAUCCCCCAAGCCGAGCUUCACACCUUCAUAUGUCGACCCUGGCCACGAGUCUCCUCUGCCGUCCGUUCAAGGACAGGAUACCCCACGCCCUGAAACAAACCAAGGUGACUCCACCAUGAGCGAUAGUAUCUCGCCUGCCACUCUGUCUCGAGUCGAAAAAGCAAAGGUAUAUUUCGAACUAGCCCAUGAACAUCGCCGUUUACUCCCCCAUCUGCCACCUAUCAGACGACCCUCCACCAAUUUUAUGCCCCACCGCCCAGAGUUAAUGCAGAGAGCCUAUAACCCCCUACAAUAUGUCCGCAAUAGAAAGCUGCGUGUGUGGGAAAAGACACCAAUUCACAGUGAACUGGAUGGCUGGUACGAUGUCAACCAAGUCCGAGCUUGGAUUGACGCAGUCAUCUCCAGCAAUGCCAAAACUCAUCACGAACCGGACGAGUGCCUCCGCCUUCCGCCCUUAGACCAACGCGCUGAAACCUCCGACGGCGAUGACCCUGACGAGAGUCCAGAUGAGAUGAAGAAGGCCGCCUCCCCUAGACUUCCGGACCACAUUCUACCAAAGCUCAGCCGACCCCGAUCAGACUGGGUCACUCAUCCCGCCGACCUGUUGGCAGAUGCCUACUGGCUUGAGCAGGGCUUGAACAAAUUGAAAAUACAAGACAGAGACAACAAUGUCAUAUACCCGCCAGACACUCAUUUUCAAUUUUCAGGAUGGCGGAACAAGACUCCAGUCGAUUUGCCUACCACUAUGCAGCAACCCUCCCCACCCCAAUCUCCCGAAGAACACCAUGCAGACGAGCCUCCUUCGGCCCUGCCAGAAUUACCCACAUUCAAAUCUGCCUAUCACCCCAAUAGUCAUGCCCAUGCAGGCCGGCAUAAAGCCAAGUUGAAGGAUGCUCUUCUUGUAAAGGAUGCAAGCAGCUCGCGGGAGCGAUCCCGCAUCAAGUCAAGAUUGUUCCGAGACAGUAGCGAGUCGGGUUUGACCGAUUCAAGUCCAGGCUCUGAUGACGGCAACGCGCAAGAACGCGGUCGAAAGCGACUGAGGCGUAAAAGGCGCCAAUCUCACGAUCAAGGGAGCCAAUCUCCGGGAAAGCAUACUUCAGGAUCUCGUAAUCAAGACAAGACAGCAUCUGUAAGAGACCAUACGGAUGAACUGCGCCCUACGUCCCCCACCUCCAACAGAUCCUCAUUCGACCAUUCCGCGUUCAGCAAGAGCCCUUUUAAAGACAGUUUGAAACGAAUCUCUCCCAUACCCAAAUCACGAAGGGCGCAGUCGGCACGUCCUGGUUCUGCAUUGUUUGUAACUCGGUCUAGCCUUGACAACGAAAGAGGUCCACGUCAUUCUGCUGACUAUUAUGACACCACGGCACCAACCUCCCCAGCUGCUGUUGAGUGGCCUAGCAUCGCCAUCAACCUGUCUCCUCCGCCCAGUCGAGGGCCAUCUCCUGUGCGAAAAGCUAGACCCUCAUUGUUGCAUCCCUUCCAACGGACGCACAAAGACCAUGAUACAACUAGUGUGACCGAUUUUGCGGCGAACUCCCAUCCACACCACCAACAGCCUAAAAGGUCAUCAGACUCGCCCGCAGUUGACUCUGGAGCUACAAGCCCUGAUUCGCGAGGGAUGAGCCCAUUUUCGAAGAAUCGUUCGUCAAUAACACGUCCAGAGGACGAUCAUGCUUUGCAAACUGACGAGCACGGACUGACUUCCACGGCCAAGACCGGCACACGAGUAACACACCUCCCACCAGCUCCCAGCGAGCAUUCCAGAUUGCGGGGCAUUUUCAAGGGAGGCCGGAUAGCGGAACUGGUGGGCAAUGAGGUAACAAGAGUUGGUGACUUCAUUUGGAAAAGGGACCUGCCGCACGGCUACACACAUGGGCAUUCGGCCUCAGAUGGAAGCAUCCGGUCAUAUCCUGGGUCAGAUUCUGCGAUCGAUCCGCAACACAAUGGUUCUUUAUUGAAAACACCCCCAGCUCUCACUGGCCGGUCCAGAUCUUCGACAAUCUCCAGCACCAAGAGUGAGCUCCUGUCUUCUGCGGGAACCAAGGUUGGCUCACCCUCAGUUGAGAGGCCAAAGUACAACAACCCAAAUCUUCCCUCUUUCACAUCACCGUUUCAGAAAGAUAGAGAAGUACAAGAAAAGAAGCAGUCUCUGCUCGCCCCGAGUACGACAGCCAGAAUCGACUCUUCAGACCAUAUCACUGCUUUGGGAGGGAAUGAGCGUCCUCCAUCUCGCUCUCCUGGCCUCAGGCUGGGCUUGCCCAGGCUCGAUACCAGUACUGGCGAAUCUUCAGGCGCCCAUGAGCGUCGGAAAAGCUAUGGCUUCGGACAAGCCUUGGACAUGAGCCGAUCGCUUCAGGCAUCGGACUACUUGAAUGCCGCAAUCAAUCCCAUCAACGGCCGAGCAGGUCCGAAGUCAACAAAGUCAGCGAGCGAAUUAGGACAAGAAGAUCAAUCAGAACACGAAGCAGACGAACCGGGCGCCGUGUCGUGGCGGGACAUUGGACGGGCUGAAGCGCUUUUGUUUAGCCAGACGGUUAAGGCAAGAGAAAUCGGGUUCAGGGCAGAAGAUCCGGAUACUCAUGCACCCAAGUUCCUUCUCGAUUCGUUCACACCCGAAAACAGGACUUUAUAUGCCCAAGAGCCAUUUCGGAUCAAGCGACGAGAGCAUCAUGUUGUCGCUGCAAAGAAUAUCAUGGAAACGUUGGACAGGCAUACGUCAACUAUCAACUACAAGCUUCAUUCGUUUAGCGCUGUGAUUGCGCCUUCGCUUCACAAGCAGCUUCAGACCUUGGAAGACAAGGUUGAGAACACGCUGACUCCACAAGUCCGUCUGACGGCAGAUGCCACAGGAGAAUUGAGCAUCAAUUUAACCACAGCCAGUACACUGGCGGUCAAAGGAUUGAAUGAUUCUAUCGAAGCAGCAUUUCGACGUCGAAAACGAGGCGUGCGGAUUAUGCGCAAGGUAUGGUUCGCCACCAUUGAAUACAUGGUUGUUGGGCUCCUCUGGUGCAUUUGGGCAAUCGUGAGUACCUUCCAACUUGUCUUGGGCAGUGUCAGAACCGUGGACCGAGUGUUUCGGUGGUUACUCUGGAUUGAUUAAGCGGGUUUCAGAGUCUACUGAGAAGCAUUGGGGGACAUUCUGGCCAACAUAUUUUGUAUCCUUGCGUUUGGGAGGUAGGAGAGAUAGAGAUGGCGAGACCCCGCGAUUGAUUUGGUUUGGGAUACCCAGAUUGAUUGAGUUGACCAGCCAGGCGUUGCUGAGUUCGUGGAGCAUGGAGCUUGUGUCGGUGCAUCACGACAUGGAGAUUUGGCCCUCUACAGCCGCGAAUCAGUCCUUGAUCGGUUUCUUUGAGUUGAGCAGCUUAUGGAACGCGUCUAAGAUGUCCGAAUCAUUAGCGUUUAUAUUGCACUAUAUAUUACAUGAGCGCUGAGUUCUGGAGCAUUUGAACCCAGAUAUUCAUCACCAACAGGUAUAUAAUUUUAAUUUUAAUCCCAAUACGUAACAGUUUG